AGAAGUCGACUUUUUCUAAAUCAAUAGCAAGAUGGCGGCCACCAUGAAGAAGACAGUUGCAGUUGAAGAUGUCAAUGUCACAUUUGAGGACCAGAAGAAGAUCAAUACAUUUGCCAGAAACACGAAUCGAAUGACAGAAUUCAAAGAUGAAAUAGAGUCAAAAAAGAAAUCUCUACAGAAUCUGCAGGAUGCCAGUGAUGACCUGAUGAUGGCUGAGGAUGACACUCUGCUCGUCCCGUAUCAGAUUGGCGACGUCUUCAUCAGUCACACCCAGGAAGAGACCCAAGAGAUGUUGGAAGCUGCAAAGGAACAACUGCAGCAGGAGAUCAAAGACCUAGAAGGGAAGGUGUCGGCGAUACAGCAGGUGUUGGGUGAUCUGAAGGUCCAGCUUUAUGCCAAGUUUGGGAACAACAUCAACCUGGAGGCAGAUGAAAGCUGAGUGCUUUCUAAUGUGCAGACUUUAGCCUGGUCCCAGAUCUGUUUGUGCUGUUUAGCGUGACACUGAAUCAAUGCUUAUGAUUAUAGGAGUUGGCAAGAUGCCACAAACAGUCCUGGGAUCAGACUAAGAGGGCAACUCUCUUUACACAUGGACUUUUCAUGCAGCUCACAUAUUAUCCAAUCCACACAGUGCUGACAGGAUGCUUGCCAAACCAACGUGUUUGUCGUUUUCUCAAUAUCAACAUGAUUUUUCUCAGCAAUGGUUUA